UGUCGCGUUUGUUUCCCUAUCUAAAGAUCACAACCCGUUGUCCGGGUUUUCACAACACAGUCAACGAUACAUCUAAAUCAGGAUUUGUCGUUUCAAUUUAGGCAAGGAGCGUGGAAGCAAUAAUUACUUGAAUCCUAAUGCAUUAUUGCAUCUUUGGUUCUGAAGAGAGGCGAGAGACAAAACCGGGAGGGGAGGGUGAGGAGGGGUGAAGGCAGAACAAACCGGUGUGCCCUGAUAGACGCUGUAGCGACUCGCCCGCACUGCAGAUUAACUCUUAGCACGCCGAGGAUGCACAGGACCGGGCUUUCUCCUUCCGUGAUCCAAGGGUCCAACAAAGAUGGACCUUUGCUCUGCAUCUUCGCUCCGGGGUGAAGUUUCCCCUAGUAGGUACAGAUCUAAGAUCAACUUCCCGUCCCCCAAUCCUAACCUUAGCUAUUAGUGGGGAAAAUGCUAAACUGACCCCAGAUCAGCAUCUAGGGGCAACUUCACCCUACACCUAUAUCUUCAAACUUAGUAAAAGGGUGUUAUCUAUUCAUCCUUACAGGAGGAAGGACAUGAGGUAUCCCUGUUGAUCUGGGCAUACAGUACAAACUUACAAACUCAUCCGCCAGGAACCACACUCUUUGAGAACUGAGAGAAAGAUCAUAUAUCCUCUCUUCAACCUGAGGCCAGGUAAAGGUGAGAGAGGACAAAAGCACAGAAUGUACACAGCACAACUGGAACACACUGUAAACCACUGACUGAACUUAACGCCCUUUCUCAAUGUGGGAAGAGACAGUCAGUGAACAUACCCAAGACUGUCCAUCAAAAACCCAGCUGUUCCUGGCGCCGCCACGUGACCAGGUCCGGCCUUGAGACUGCCAGUCCUGUGUGAGUGGUGACAGUGUGAGUAAAGGUAGCUAGGAGGAGGGGGCAGAAGGCGGGACGUCCCACUCACAGUCAGUGAAGAUCCCAAGACACCCAAGAGACUGUCCAUCAAGACCCAGCCAUUACUGACUUUACAUAGCCACAUAACCAGGUCUGGCCCGGAGACAGCCAGUCCUGUGUGUGUGGAAGUAGCCCAGUGUGUGUGAGUGGGUGGAGGUAGCUAGGAGGAGGAGGAGCCUGUUGUCUUCUCAGGCCGGAUGCAGAACAUCCUCGAGCAGAACUUAGACAUGGCCACGGCUCUGCUGGCGGGGGAGAAGCUGAAGGAGUUGAUUCUGCCUGGCUCUUCCCAGGAUGAGAAGGGAGGCAUGCUGGCCGGCCUCAUGGUCCAGCUCAAACUAGAGCUACCAUUUGACCGCGUCGUCACCAUCGGCACCGUCAUUAUCCCCAUCCUGCUUGUCACCCUCGUCUUCACAAGGAACUUUGCAGAGGAGUCGAUCUACUGCUACACGCCUCACAACUUCACCCGUGACCAGGCCCUGUACGCGCGAGGCUACUGCUGGACAGAGCUGCAUGACGCCGUGCCCGGGGUGGAGCCUGAACUUCGACCUUCGCUGUUCGAGCACAAGUUCCUGCCCUACGCCCUGCUGGCCUUUGCUGGCAUCAUGUACAUCCCUGCUCUGGGCUGGGAGUUCAUGGCCUCCACAAGACUUACCUCCGAGCUCAACUUUCUGCUUCACGAGAUCGACAACUGCUACCACCGGGCGGCCGAGGGCCGGGCCCCUAAAAUUGAGAAGCAGAUCCAGUCCAAAGGACCGGGUAUCACUGAGAAAGAGAGACGCGAGAUCAUCGAGAACGCGGAGAAAGAGAAGAGCCCCGAGCAGAACCUGUUUGAGAAGUACCUGGAGAGACGAGGCCAGAGCAACUUCCUGGCCAAGCUGUACCUGGGGCGCCACCUGGCCAUCAUCUGCCUCAGCUCCAUCCCCAUCUCCUACUUGAGCGCCUACUGGCACCGCCAGCGCCAGAACGAGUUCAGCUGUGCCCUGGGGGAGCCUCCAGACUCCAGCAGCAUCCCAGAGCUGAGGCUCAGCGUCAACUGCAAACUGCCGGCCGUGCAGCUGCAGCGCAUCAUGGCCGCCGUGGACAUCGCCCUGCUGAGCACCAUGAACCUCGUCAUCCUGGUCAACCUGUUGCACCUGUUUGUGGUGCGCAAGUCCAACUUUGUGUUCGACAAACUGCACAAGGUGGGCAUCAAGACGCGGAGGCGCUGGCAGAAGUCCCAGUUCUGCGACAUCAACAUUCUGGCCAUGUUCUGUAACGAGAACCGUGACCACAUCAAGUCACUCAACCGCCUGGACUUCAUCACCAACGAGAGCGACCUCAUGUAUGACAACGUGGUGAGGCAGCUGUUGGCCGCGCUGGCCCAGUCUAACCAAGAUAUCACGCCCACUGUGAGGGACUCAGGCAUUCAGACCCUAGACCCCAAUAUGGACCCCUCUCUCCUGGGGGUAGGGGAGCUGGGAGGGGAGCCGCUGGUCAUCAAACGACCACGCAAGAAGAUGAAGUGGAUCCCCAGCUCCAACCCUCUUCCCCAGCCCUUUAAGGAACCUCUGACAAUGACGCGUUUGGAGAACAGCAUUAAGCCUGAGAAGCCCAAACCGGUGAGGAGGAAAACAGUGGCAGAGAACUACGUCGCUCCUUUAAGCAAGAGCACACAGUACUCUGCUAAAGAUAUGAGCACAAUGGAGAAAAAGCAUAGUCGCAACUUUUCCCUGGAUGUCCACCCGUACAUGCUGACCAUCCGUAAGCCCACCAAAGUAGAGACAGUCAGCACAGAGCCUCUGCCACCAGACCACACCCUGGACGCGGUGUUCAUCGAGGGCACCCACACCAUCGUCCAUGUCUCCGCUUCUAUCACAGAAAAGAAAGGUCGCACUCCAGAGUCCACCAACACAGUCUUCUCUACAAUGACCGUCCCCACCAGCACCUAUAUGAACGGUGCCACUCCCAGCCCCAACCCACCCUUUCUCGCUGACCGCCACCUUACAGAGCCCCUGAUCGAGCAAGAGGAGCCUGAAGAUGCCCAGCCUGCAGUUUUCACUCGGAUCCCUUCCCACCAGCUGCUCAGUAUGCACCAGCUACUCAGUAUGGAGGAAGAGGAGGCUAGAGGACAGGGGGCCAGACUAGCUGAGAGACCCGGGGGGGAACUGAUCUCUGCUGGGGAGUGCUGAGGAGAAGACACACACGUCCCGCCUCGAAAUAUGUAACCCAACACAGCAACAUGUAUGUCGCUCACCACUACCAUGCCUCCACAUGCCAAGCACUGUCUGCCUAAAGCCACCUUGUCCCUCUGACCACACAGUUAUGCUGUGCUCAUACCUCACUACUCCUCUGGUGAAGGCACUGAGUGAAAGUGCUGAUGGUGCUGAACCAGAAUUUGUAGCUGGAGUGAUGAAGAUUUAACAAGAUGGAGCAUAAGAGUGGUUCAAUGUGUUCUGAUCUACCCAUAGUCAUCUGACUGCUCUUAUUCUCUCCACACUUGAUUUGUCCAGGGUGGGGCAGCAAGAAGACUUCACUGAAAUGCAGACAGGAGCACUACCUUUGUAGAUCCUGCACAGUUGAAUGGAGCAUUUGUUGCUCAUGUUGUUGACUUGGAGAGGAAGCAGCUCUUAAUGAAAAAGAAUAGGGAAGACAUACAGUUUGAAGCUUUUUAAACACAUUUUAGAAAAUACCAUCUACAGUGCAUUCGGAAAGUAUUGAGACCCCUUGACUUUUUCCACAUUUUGUUAUGUUACAGCCUUAU